UAACUUUCUUAUUAGAUGUAUGACAAGUUAGUGAAAUGUCAGCUCGCAUCUCAUGCAGCAGAAACAUCUGUUCUAAACGUCAUAUUUACUCCAUCCAUGGGAAUGACAGAAUCAAACCCGAAACACUCGUUCCGUUCGUAAUUGGGGUGUUUUUCCGAUUGUACCGUAAAAUGAGUUUAAUUCUACGAAAAGCAUUGUCACAAUCAACGUCCCGUGUUUUGUUUGUGCGCCGAGCAUCUUCUAAACCAGUUCAGUUGGCUGCCAAAGAAAAAUGGGACAUUUUUGCCGGGGUUCUUGUGGAACGUUUGCCUGUUAUAACAAAAACUAUGAAUCCGCUAGAAGCCAAAUUUAAGGCGGUAUUGGAACAAACUGAGUUUGAAAACAGUCUCAAAUCAAACCACGAGGUUCGCAAAGAAAUGGAAAAACGACAAACGGAACUGUUCAAAGCAGGAAAAAUCGAUCUGGACUCGGAAGCGCUGAAACAAACCGCACAAGAUUUGGAAGAUGCAUACAACGACGAGUUCAGCAAGUUUACACCGGCAUCCAGAGUUACCGAUGCGGAUAAAAAGAACGAUGUCAAAUCGUUGGAAAGGAAGCUGGAGGAAACAUUGAUCCUACUGACGGAACAGAAACUAGGAGACAAAAGUUACUAUCUGCUACCCCAGGGCCGUCAUGUUUCCGGUGAAUCGUUGCGACAAACUGCCGAACGGAUACUGAAGGAGAGCGUUGGCGAUUCACUAAAGGUGACAUUCUACGGUCAUGCCCCGGUUGGUUUUUACAAAUACAAAUAUCCCACUACCGUCAGGCAGGAAGCUGUCGGAGCCAAGGUGUUCUUUUUCCGUGGUGUGUUGAACCCGGGCAGUUCGAACGUCACUAACAGUAAACUGAAAUUCCAGUGGCUGGUUCAAUCUGAGCUGGAAGGAGUUUUCAAAGAACCUUAUUAUCGCAGUGUCUCGCAAUUUUUGGUUUGAACGGUUUUAGAACAAUAAAAUAGUGAAUAGUUAA